CCCGCCCAACCCUUUUUUAACCUUGUUACUCUUCAUGACAGACGACAUUGACAUUGAUAACACCAUGUCAACCCCAAUGAACUACACCAAUGCUCUCAUCAUGAUUGAUUCCGAGCAAUUGCCUGUUGAAAUCCAAGAUGGAAUCAUCGAGAUCGCUCGAAACUAUCCAUACAAAAACUUCACCACGGCCGACGCUAUGGGUGACUCAGACUAUAACUCUGUCUGGACAGUAAGCUUUCUGAAUGAUCCGGAGCUCCAGGCAGGCCAGCUGGCAGUGUCGGCGAAUCAUUCCAUUAACUCAGACUCAAGCCAAGAACCCCGCCUGGAUAUCAUGGUGCGGUAUCAUCGCAGAAUCGAAGCAUUUCGUGGCCUAGGGCGUAUUCUUGGCGCGGCUCGUCAGAAUUCCGAUGGUUUAGCUAUACCGAGUUUGCUAAACUUUACUGAACGGGCUCAACUUGACACUAGAGGGGUCAUGAUCGAUUGUAGUCGAAACGGUGUGCUUAAGCCUGAAUCCGUAUACUUUUUCUUGCGAAACAUGGCGUUGAUGGGACUUAAUAUGCUUCAGUUAUAUACCGAGGAUACAUACGAGAUCGAGAACGAGCCCUUCUUUGGCUAUCUGAGGGGAAAAUAUACCGCAAAGGAGCUGUCGGCCAUCGACGACUACGCGUAUGAUUUAGAUAUUGAAGUCAUACCAUGCAUUCAGACAUUGGGUCACUUGGGACAAAUCUUACAGUGGCCACAGUAUGCGCAUCUUCGAGAUAACUCCGAAGUCUUAUUGGCGGAAUAUGAGCCUACGUAUGAAUUUCUAGAUAAAUUGAUUAGUGCUUCCACAGCACCGUUCCGAUCAAAGCGCAUUCAUUUAGGCAUGGAUGAGGCAUAUGGUGUAGGUGAAGGCCGAUAUAGACAGUACUUUGGGUAUAAAGAAGGCACGCGCAUCUUUGUAGACCACCUUCAACGCGUCAACGAGAUUUGCGAUAGACUGCAAGUGGAACCCAUGAUAUGGUCCGACAUGCUGUUCUGCUUGGCGGCGAAAAACAACUCCUUACAGGGGUACUAUGACACGGAUAGUAACCCAGCCAAUCUACCAGAAGUGGUAGACAAGAUACCAUCUAAUGUUGAGCUCAUAUUUUGGGACUACUAUCAUACCAAUGCCGAUCUCUAUGAAGAAAAAUUGCAGCAUCAUCGUGAUCUUGGCUGUCAACAACCUUGGAUGGCCACCGGCGUAUGGACGUGGAGCCGUUUUUGGGCCGCCCUUCCUUUUACAUUUGAAUCGGUAAGAGCAAGCACAGUGACUGCGAAGAACCAACAAACUGGUGUGCGAAAUGGCUUUAUCACGGUGUGGGGCGACGAUGGCAACGAAUGCGACAUGUAUUCGUCUUUGCCUGCCCUGUUAUACUAUGCGCAACAUUGCUAUACAGACCAAGACGAAGUGGAUAUUGCCUUGUUGAAACGAAAUUUUGAAGGCAUCUGUGGAGCAGGAUUUGAUGACUGGAUAAUGGCUUCCAAGGUUGAUACGACGCCAAGUGGGUCACACAUUAUUACCCGAAGUAACUUUGCAGCAAACACCAGUAAAUGGUUACUAUGGGAAGAUCCCAUGAUGGCGUUUCUCUCACCUCAAUAUGCAGGAGAGAACCUGGAAGACCAUUACGAAGCGAUCGCAAACGAUUUGAGUAUGGCCAUGGAGGCCUACGACAAACCAUUGAAUUGCCGCUUAGAGUUACCGGCAAGAUUGGCUCGUGUACUCUCGUUGAAAUGCCAUUUACGCGAGAGGCUUCAGGAUGCUUAUCGAAAGGGUCGUCAUGACGAAAUUCAGAGUCUUGCCGAAGGUAGAUUGCAGCGAUUGAGGCAGGAGGUCGAUGACUUAUGGCGUUAUCACCGGCGCAUGUGGAUGAACAUGUACAAACCUUUCGGCUGGGAGAACAUUGAUUUGCGCUAUGGAGGCCUUCGAGCUCGUUUGGAUUCCAUGCAACAACAAUUGCUGGAAUAUGUCGAAUGGGUCAAACAAAACGGCGCUGAAGAUGCCGCUAUUCCUGAAUACGAUGUUGAUCUUGAAUGUAUUUACGUUGGCUCUCACACCAACUUGCUUCUGGACUAUACCCGUGCAUGUACUCCUUCCAGAUAAAUAUAAUUUCCCGUCCAAGAAGACA